GUACGAUUUGUACUGGCUCCGGACCUGUCACGGCCUCAUUUGCCUUCCAACCUCGUAUUCAAAAGGGUUAUUAUUGGUACUUGAGGAAGCACUAUUGAAUACUUUGUUCGUUGCACAUUCGAAGAAUCAAAUCAAAAAUAAAUCAAACCUGAAACUUCCAACGUUUUCGUCCCCUUCCUACCAACUUUCGCUCMGUAGCCUCUACAAUGAUCUCAGUCCGGAGCAGCACAUACAAAUCCAUCCUCGUCCUCCUCGUGGCCUCAAUCAUGGAGGCAAUGUCCGUCUUACUCAAGAGCAACAACGAGACCAGUGCCGAACUCGACGUAACGGACAUUAUGGACGUCGACGGCUCCGAUGGCGAGAUUGAUGGUCUAGAGGCGAGCGGUGCCGCUGCCGCGUGGUCGUCCCUUGUUGUUCUUUUUACUUCGUUCAUGGGCGCAAGUUUUUUGGGUUCAUAAUGGAAAUGCUGCGAUAGSAUACGAUAGUACAGUGUAUGUCAACAUACGACACUAAAAUAAUACAAUAUUUUACCA